UUUAGUUUUAAAUGGUUUGUAAAAGGUUAACUUGGCUGAAUCGAUUCGAGUUAAACGGGUUUGUAAAUUGUUCAAUUUUAAACAGUCUACGGGUACCCUUUUUUUUUUCCCCUCGAGUUUGAUUAGUUUUUAAUAGUCUACGGGUAUCACUUGCUUCUCUAUUCAAUUCCCGCCAUUUAACAACCAUUACAGAGCUCACCACAAAGAAAAACCAUGUCCUCAACUUCAAAGUUGAUCUACACUCUUCUUCAUCGAAAACCAAAAUCUUUCAAUCAAUUGAAACAAAUUCAUGCCAUACUCAUUACAACUAACCUUAAAUCUCCUUCAACAUUAGCCAAACUUAUUGAAAACCAUUUUUUACUUUCUCCUAAUCAAGCUCCAAUCCAUGCUCAUCUCAUUGUUAACCAUAAUCAAACAGAUUACCAACUUUUUCUUCUUAAUACUUUGAUCAAAUGCAGCUUACCCAGAGAUUCAAUUCAUCUUUUUGCUAAAUGGGUUUCUGUUUCUUCCAUUGUUUUUGAUGAUUAUACCUUCAUUUUUGCUCUUGGCGCGUGUGCUCGAUCGCCUUCUGUAUCAGGUUUAUAUGAAGGAAAACAGAUACAUGCUCGCGCUAUGAAACUCGGGUUUAUGCCGGAUCUUUUAGUUUCUACGACUGCAUUGCAUUUUUAUGCGAACAAUGGUGGUAUCAGUUUUGCAAGGAAGGUGUUUGAUGAAAUGCCUGUGAGAAGUUCUGCUACUUGGAAUGCGCUUAUAACAGGGUAUUCCUCACAGAAACAGAAUUCCCAUGAGAAUUCAAUUAAGGCUUUGGUGUCUUUUAAGGAGAUGAUGGUGGCGGGUGAUUCGGAUGUGAAGCCUAAUGGCAUGACUUUGGUUUGUGUGCUUUCCGCUGUUUCGCAGUUGGGUUCCCUAGAGAGCGGGUGUAGUGUUCAUGGGUACAUAGCGAAAACGAUUGAUGCCCCGGAAAAUGAUGUGUAUGUUGGCACUAGUUUGGUUGGUAUGUACUCUAAAUGCGGGUGUCUUGGUAUCGCGUCCAAAGUUUUUGCUAUGAUGAGUGAGAGGAAUGUACGUACUUGGACCGCGAUGGUUACAGGACUAGCUUUCUAUGGAAAAGGAAGAGAAGCAAUAGAGCUAUUAAAUGAAAUGAGGGAAUGUGAUGUAAGGCCAAACACUGUAACCUUCACAAGUAUGUUGUCUGCUUGUUGUCAUGCAGGACUUGUUGAAGAGGGCUUAUAUUUGUUUCACAACAUGGAGAAGGAAUUUGGCGUCGCGCCUCAGAUUGAGCAUUAUGGGUGUGUAGUUGAUCUUCUUGGAAAAGCAGGGCUCUUGAGAGAAGCUUAUGAUUUUAUAGUUGGAAUGCCUACUGAAUCGAAUUCAGUCUUGUGGAGGAGUUUGCUUGGUUCAUGUAGGCUUCAUGGGGAUUUCGUGAUGGGUGAGAGAGUGGGGAAGAUACUACUUCAGCUCCAAUCAGAUUUACAUUUAGGGAAUGAAAGAUCUACGAGUAAAGAUUAUAUAGGUCUUUCGAAUGUCUAUGCACUGGCAGAAAGGUGGGAAGAUGUAGGAACAAUUAGAGAAGAGAUGAGGAUGAAUGGUUUAGAAAUCAAGCCUGGCCAUAGUGCUGUCCACUGAACGAUCUGGUUUAGCUCUUUGCGAAUGAAAUCUAAUGAAUACAACUAGUGCUGUCCACCAAGUAAUCUGGUUUAGGUAGUGAAUCUCUUUUUGUAUGGAAACCGAUGAAUACACUAGUGUGGUUCACUGAGCUAAGUUGUUCACCUUCAAGUAUGAUAGACUCGUGAAGAUAGCCUGAAAUUAUGCUUGAUUACAGAAAAGUUGUACUAUAGUGUAUAACUCAGGAGUUUUUGCUGUUGUGGCUGAAAGUGUUUGUAAAGCUUGGCUAUCUGCAUGAGGAUCUAAUCUAAGGAGCUUAAUAUGGCAGGUUCGCUGCCUGCCGGUCACUCUACUGACAGCGAAUUCGCAAGUGUGGAAAUUGUAUGAGAAUGAUUUACAGUUGCAAUAGAGAGAGCAAGAGAGAAUGUUGAAAGUAACAGCCAAUAUCUUACAAGAAAGUGCAUAUUAUUUCAUGAAAGUGGUAGAGAGUAGUAUGUAAAAGCUUUAAUAUCAUAAAAGAAAGUAAUGACCAAUACCUUACAAGAAAGUGCAUAUUAUUUCAUGGAAGACUUUCAGGGACAUAGUGAGUAGUAUGUAAAAGCUUUAAUAUCAUAAAGAAAACAGAGAUUAUAUUGCGGCAUGUAAUAUGGAAAACUGUGCAAGUUAUUUGAAACAAGAGAACAACUUCAAUCUUCAAUGCCUAAUGGAGGCAACAUAAAGCCCAAACCAUAUUGGUGAAUGGUGUCUCAAGUUAUAGUAACUUGUUCGAUUUUACUAAGUGAACAAACUUACAAACACAUGCAACUAAUCGCACAUCAAAAAUGUUUUUAAUACUCCGUACAUGCAAGAAUUUGUCAAGUAUAUGACUCCUAAAAACUAGCAUUCGGCAAAUAACAUUAAUCUCCACUAAAAUCUGUUCAACGUAUUUUUUUUUUUUUUUUUUUUUUUUUUUUUUUUUUUUUUUUUUUUUUUUU